AUUUCCCUGUUAUACGAUUCCUAAUGGCCUCCCUUUCCUUGCUUGUUAUGUUCUUUCUCUCCCCUCUUCCGCUUCUCAGCUCGGCCGAAGAGCAGAUACAUCACCCGGCUUGUCCACCAUUUCGUUGUGGGAAAUUUGGGGAUAUCUUGCCCCCCUUUAGAAAUAACUCCAACUCUAAAUGUGGGUUGUACACAGUUGAUUGUUCAGAGCCAGUUCCGAAGAUACAGUUGAAAGAAGGAGGAUACUGGUAUGAACUUGAUGACAUCUCUCGGCAUGGACAUCAUAUGGCCAUCAAGAGCGGAGCGCCACCCGCACCUUUUGCUGACAUCAGUUGUGAAUCCAAGGACAGUUUUGCUCUCCCUAGUCCUUCCAUGAUAUCUAACCUGUCCACGACUUAUUUGUUGACCGUCUUCAAUUGCAGCCAAAACUCAGGCAUUCAUGUCCCGGCAGGAUUUGAUCACACUCCCUGCAGAGAUUAUGAUAUCUACUAUACUCUUUCAAAUAUUAGUUUCUCGGCUUUUACACCUCACUGUUCGAUGAUCCAACUCCCAGGCUAUUUUCAAACUCCCAAACAUGAUCCCAAACAUGCUGCAUUCUAG